AUGAGCGGCUUUGAUUGUUCGCUGCUUGAAGAGCAGCACUUUCAAACGUCGGACUCACUCAAAGAUGGCGCUAUUUCUUGUUCCGAUUGGUCUCGUUUUGCAAUUGCAUCCUCGACCGGCUUUACAUUAUUAACAUUUAGUGGUCACUCUUCACGUAAAGUUCAAUUAUUUACCGUUUCAUGGUUUCAACUUGAUCAACAUCUUGAACAAGAUGAUCUACGUUACUUCACUUAUACGCCACUUGCACUUUUUUGUCCAGAUUCUUUACGACCCGAUGGAGCACGUUUAUUAGCUGUCGCUUCGUCGACAGGUCAACUUGUCAUAUGCGAUGCAAAUCAAGAGUCACCUGUUGUUCUAUUUAAUGUAUCGAAACGUUGGCGAUCUCAGCUAGACGAACGAAACAGUGGGAAUCCAACAAGUUCACGAAAACCAUCAACAACAAAUGGAACAACGGCAGCCAGCGGAGGCUUGUCACGUGACGAAGAAGCGUUACUUGUUCCAACGUGUCUUGGUUGGUCUAAUGUCCUUCGUCGUGAUUCACCAUCACGUUUCGUCCUAUUGUUUUGCGGUCUCGAAUCUGGUCAUGUUGCUAUUUGGCAAUUAUCUGAACAACAGCAAACCAACAAUCUUACCUUGACCUACGCGGCUCUGCUAGAACCUAAUGCUACGGAACCAUCUUUUUCAACUGCGAAUGGUACAAAGAAACCCGGCCAUUCACCCACAAUGUCCAAUGGAUUGCAUAAUUCGAAAACUGACGCACCGUAUCGAUCUCCACAUAAUUCGAUAUCAGCAAUGGCAUGGCUUUCCCUAUCAGAUACGGCCGGUAUUCUUGCACUUGGUUCUUCGCACGGACAUGUUUCGUUAAUAUCUAUCUCAUUAACUGGAAAUGAAUUAGCACCAUUACUUGCCUACACAAAACAAGAAUCACCACAUCUUGUUUCUAAUGGUGCACGCAUUCACCAUAUCGCGUUGUAUCAACAGCAUAAUGAACAUCGAUUAUUCUUUGCUCAGAUGGAUUCGAUUGUCAUUGCGACACUAAAUAUAACGUCGACAGGUUACAAUACAUCCUGUUCACAAUUUACAAUUAAAACAGUUAAUGAAUACGCUUUGAAUUCCAGUGUCUUAACUCAUUUUUUAUCUGAUACACAAGAUUUGUAUUUAAUAUGUAGAGAUGGUUUUAUACAUAAACAAGUUACACAACAAUUCAAUGAUUCACAUCAUCACCAUCAUCAACAGCAUGCAACGAGAUUUGAACAAUUUUGUCAAUUAUUACCAGCAGGUAGUGAUUGUCAAGCUGCGGGUAUAACUCCGACUCAUUGUACGGUUCUGACCAUGAAACGUAGUGAAGCUAUCUUGACAUUAUCCGUCUACUCUUUAAAAGAUGUUUCGUCAACAAUCACAUUCUUUCUCUCCAAUCCAUUACCAUCGUUUCGUUUAAAUGAUGUUCUAGCUGCAUUACGUGUUCUACUCUACUCAGAUAAAUCGAAUGCACUGACAGAUUUAAUCAUGUCCGUUGCUGAUUGUGCAGAUCAAGCCAGCGUCAGUCUAUUGAAAAAAGUUCAUUCAUUAUGUCGUCUGCUAUUAUCUUAUCAUAAUAGCGGUCUAGGUGGUGGUUUGAGACAAGCCCCUUACAUGCUAUUUCUAGCAGACGUCUUUGCUCAAAUGAUUUCAAUUGAUUUAAUUAAGAAAUUAUAUGAUUAUGUUCAAACACGACAACAAACUGAACCUCAAUUACAAAUAACACCGAUCGAAAAAUCGAUUCUCUAUUGGUGCGAACAAUUGUUACAAUUUUCGACUCAACAGUUACAAGCAUCAGCAAAUGCAACCAAUCCAAAUGGAAAUACGAAUGCUAGCUUAACAGGAAAUAAUCUAACUGCACAAUUUGGUUCAUUAUUAGCAAUGGCAAAUCCCAAUAUGACAUCAACGCCGAUAACAAUAUCCAAUGGGCCAACGCCACCAGCACAAAUUAAUAGUCAAUAUUUAGCGACAUGUGAUCAAAAAUAUCUUCACUGUCCUUUAUGUGGACAAACGUUACACAUUCGAACGUUUUUUGACGUUACCUGCCCGAGCGGUCAUGAUUUUCAGCGUUGUAAUAAAACGUUUCUUCCUAUCUUUGCUCAAGAUCGUGCGAAACGUUGUUCACUAUGUAAUUUCUACAUUAGUGACACCACCAUCGAUGAAUCAACACAACUAACAACAUUAAUUAAAAUACUUGGAGGAUUUACGUGCACAUUUUGCGGUUGA